CAAAAAUAACGUCAUGAAAAACAGAAUGUGACUUUUAUGCGUGGUUGCUUAGGGUCGGAUCUACUUUUUGUACCUUCUAGCUGGAAUCGAAAUGCAGCAGGAGAUGAGCAGCAGAUCUCGUCCGGAGCGUACGGCUCAUAAGCCGCAAAGGCCAGCACAUGCGGAGGCUGAAGAAGGGGAAGAUGGAAAAGCGCCGAACACAUCUUCUUAAGGCUUCCCAUAAUUCAUCCCUGCUCCUGCAGACACCCCUCAAACAUAUGCGGCCCAAUACAAGGCAGAUACUGACGCAUAUGCUUGAGGGAUUCAUUUCCACAGGGAUGAAUAUUAGGGGAGUAGAGCUCUAAUCUUCUGAAUCCAAGACGUCGACGUUCUUUCAGCCUAGUGCCAGAUCGACAUCUUCCUCUUCGAUAGAACAGCAACGUUCAUCAACCUCAAAGUCAAUAGUCGUACAACCAAGUCCAAGAACGUCAAGGAGCCUUAUAACGCUGAACCUGGACGGGUCCCGACUAGAUAGUCUGCCUGCGCCUGUAGCAGAGUUGCCUAGCCUGAAAAUCGUGCAUGCUGGCAGAAAUCGACUGCGGAGGAUUCUGGCGUCAAGUUUGCCAAGAACAUUAGAUUAUGCGAGGACUGUGUGGUUCGGUUUGAUAUUGAUUAGUGUGGUGUGUCAAAGUGAAUUUGUCAAGUUUGGCAAGAACUUUAGAUUAUGCGAGGACUGUGUGGUGUCAAAGUCAAUUUGAUUAUACUGAGGACUCACUGUGGUUUGGGCUAUUUGAUUACUUGUUACUUACAGACUGUG